AUGGAGCUCCGGUUUGCAUCAACCGACUUGACGGAGGAUCCAUCAUUAGGUGUUCGUCACCAGAUUUUACCUUUGGGUGUGAAGCGUCCAGAUGCGCUGCAGACUUCGACCAAGUCCGCCGUCUUCUUCGAGAAACACCACACGGAGAUCAAGAAAUCUACCACGGCUUUGCUUGUGCCUAAAGUGGCUGAGGCCAUGCUUGAUGACGAAAACACUACACUCCUUAGUCUUGUCCUCGACUGUAUCGUCGACGCGAAAGUCAAGGUCGGUGGCAGGCGCAAGAUUAUCCAAAAUGUCCGGAAUCCCGACCACUUCACAAAGAGAGCGGUCGAGUGUCCUCUUGGCCUCAACAUCGAGCUUGCGCUGACGAUGGUGGACGAUGGGUCAUACAUUAAUGAGGUCGCUCAGCCGCAUGCGAUCGACCGAGUGGUGUGUGUGUGA